AUGGAGAUGGAAUCAAUGUUCUAUGCCUGCUUGAGAAGGAACUCAGAAAAUUUGCAACAACUUUACCGCUACAGCCCAAUAUCAACUAAAAACACGCAAGAAAAUCCGAGUCAGGAUAUCCCUUCUUGCAAACCAAAAAAAGACAAGUUGGGAAAUGGAAAAUUAUCACUUCUUUCGGCUCUAAGCCACACAGAGCUAAUAUUUGAUAUUCAAAGGGAUAACAUGAAGAAACUAAGACAAAAUCAAGGCCAACAAAAUUUCCACCAUUUAAAGAAAGAAUCACAACCGUGCAACAUAGUUCAUAAAUGCUUCGUAUGGGAAAUUCCUUACAUACCCUUCCAACGGGGGCUUGGAACAGGGAAAGUCGGUGACAGAGGGGGCAGCUGUGGCAACCCAAAUUGGGCCGUCGGUGAGAAAAGAAAGCCUGGAGACAUCAUGCCAUACGGAGAUCUGGGCGACGGGAUGCAUCCAAAAGGGAGGGGUGACAGCGGCAUAGCUGAAAAGGGGGAAGGAAAAGGAAUAGGUGGGGGAUGGUGCUGCGGCGGCGGGGGAAGAGCAGCAGAUGUGGGGCCGCCGGUGGUCUGGAUGGGCCGCAUGAGGACAUCGGAGAUCCAGCCGGCUGGAGAGGCGGAGGCGGGCGUUGACCAAGCUCGUUCGGCGGCGGGAGGGAAUCGGGGCGUGGACCACCGCCGAUCGGUGCGAGGCCGCUCCACAGAGGAGAUGGCGGGACGUUGGAGGCGGAGUUCUGGAGGAACCGCAUGUAGGCGGAGAUUGGCGACUCCGCCGGAUGCAGCGGCGAGAACGACGGAGGGGGCCGUUGACCGAAGUCAUUCUGAACGGGCAGAGAAUCGCCGGGUUGUGCGACGCCGUUCCACAGGGGGGGAGGCGGGACAUUGGAGGCGGAGUUCUGGAGGAACCGCAUGUAGGCGGAGAUCGGGGACUCCGCCGCCGGAUGAACUGAGGGGAGCGGCGGGAGGGGCUGUCCGCGCAUCAGGGGCCUAUGGCCGGCGUCGUUCGGGGGGUGAGGGUGGAUCUGUGCGAUCUGAGGAGGGCGGUUGCCAAUCUGGGCGAGGGGAGGGGGCCGGAUCCUCUGAAGGCGGGAGCUCGGCGGCCGCGGGUGGGUGGCCGACGACGGUGGCGGCGGCGUUGGGAGGCGCUCGUGAGCGGGGGAGCCGACAGGAGGCUGCUGCGAUUGUGGUGGACCCUGACCCGGUCCCGAAUUGUGUGGGUUCGGGUCAACAGCCGGGAUUGUAG